CAGACCCAAAUCAUGCACUCUUAUAGUGUUGCUAUUCAGAAUGACUUCUACCUACCUACAGCACCAUACCCAAUUAUACAUACCACCUCGUACAUACACGUGUUAUUAAAUGUUAAUUAUUCUUUGUUCAAUAUGCUACAGGUUUGUGUUGUUAAAGUAGCACUAGUACACUCAGAGGUUUUCUUACAAGUCAUCUCCUAGGCUUGUGCUUGUGAGUCGUGCCCUGCACGUCCCUUUGGCAGUAACUCUGUUAAAACUCCUUUUAGUAUUCAGAGUUAAGCUGGAUUUUGAUUUUGAGCUUUUUUAAUUAAGGUCAUGCAAUGACAUUUUGAGUGCAUCAUUGAAUUAAUUUUGUACCAAGUACCUAUUGCUAGCCAUUCCUCUCUAAUAAAAUAGCAAAAUCGGGAGCAGUUUUAUCAUUGCUGUGAUAAAUUGGCGACUAGGCCCUCUGUUGGUUGCUGAUAAAGAAGCACAGGUUUUACUGGAGUGGAUGAUCCCAGAUGAUCCCUGGACUGCAGGUCAUGUGUUAAAUACAGAUUAACCUCUAAAAAGAAUAUAAAAAGUAAAAUAAUGACUGAUUCAGCCUCCUAAAGUUUGUUUUUACAACAGCAAUGAGAUAGUUAACCGAUGAAAAUGGGACUUGAGCCUCCUGGUGGCUGUGUUUGCUGCAGCUCUUGAAAUGUUGCUUAUUAAUACAAGGAAGAAAACUGAUAAGAAUGAAGGCUGUUUAAGUCACGUCAUUUUGUGGCAUCUGGCAAUAAAAAAUUGUAGCAAAUACUUGAUAACUAUGAUGGAGGUUGCAACACCUCGUUGGCCUUCUUUUGAUCAUUGACAAUGACCAUUAGGAAUAAAGUCCUGCAAAAGUGCUCUUAAAUUAGGGCUGUAUGGGGCAAAUGUGUUCAUCUCCAUGCAACCUUGUGUUUUUGUUGGCCAGACAAGAGACAAAAAGCUGCUUGUUGAUGGGUCAGCACUUCCUCUAGGUUCCCACACCACAUGCGAGCAAACACUGGCAUUGCUUUGUCUUCCGAAACGUAAGGCUGCGUUUCAGUAUUGCAGAGAUUCCUGCUUUGAACCUCCCGGUAAAUGUUUCCUUUUCAAUGUCACGGGCAAAUUUGAGUGAAAAGGUUCUUUGAAAGUGAAAUAAGUUUAUCAACUACACAAACUUCAAUAGCAGAGGUUUUCAUCAGACAUAGCCAAGAAGACGACUUAGGUUUGUUUGUUCGACCUCGAGGUUUGCUAGGGAAGUCGUAUGAAUAGAAAUGCUUCUCUGCUGCUAAAAAUACGUGCCGUUUGGGAAAAUAUGCCUAGCUGUGACUUCCCUGACCUCUGCAAUUUCUAAUAAACCGAUGAGAGUACUCAAGCAGCUGCACCGAGAAAAGGUCAAAAAUAUCUCUUGGCACACUUGUGCUCCAUCUAUGGAUUGGUCUUCCCUUGGUAAAAACAAAGAUGUUUCUGUGAGUCAUUUAUAUUCCUUGUGUUUUUUUCGAGUGAUGCUUCUCCGAGGCAUUUCUAUUUUAUAUUCUCUCCUUGUCAGUAGUAGUCAAGGGCAUCCGGUACAAAUUCUGCUGCAGCUCAUCAGCCGUUGACCAGGCUACUCACUGGGCUGGGAGGGAAGGGUCUUCGUGAUGACACAGGCAAGGAAUAACAAGAUGAAUUAGAGCCGUAAGGCAAAAAGCUGAGCCUGUGUUAAGAAAAACAAAUCAUUUCAGUCGAAAUUUGUCAUUUCCAGUGAUACGAUUGAGGUUAAUGGUACGGUAUUAAAUACUGGGACACCACGGAUAAAAUGGCUUUGACAGCAAGGCAGAUAGGUAGCAGUGUUUCAUUCCUUUUUAUGGAAAAACAGGACUGGGCUGUGACAAAUUAUACCCGUGGCCCCAAAUUGUCAAUAAGCCAUCUCUAAAUUUAGUCAGCUGCUUUUAGCUGACUUUUGUUCCAUUCCUUGCGCUCGCAUUAGAGCAACUGCCAUAUCAACAGCUUUGGUUAAAAAAAAAAAUGCACAUUUUAUUCACAUGUGUAGGUGGUUUUUUGUUUUGUUGGCAUUUUGGGUUAAGUUUUGAGGUAUUUCUUCAAAGAUCGUAAUCGUGGUUCGUGGCUCCAGAUGCGUCCCGACUGAUUUCUCACGAGACAUAAAAACUCAUGCUGAAUAGCCGAAGUCUGACCUAGCCUUAAAAUGGUGCAUUUUUGCUAAUUCUUUGUGAGUUCAAGUAAGAAAUACUUUUUCCUUACUCUGUAGGGAGAGAGAAGUGGUAAAGUAGAAGGAUUUUCUUUUUAGUCGCCUGUGUCGGGCUGUAGCUGUUUGUCUGCAAUAGCUCUAUCAGAAUGACUGCUGCAAAUAACUUUGUCUGAUUUUGUUUUUGUUCCACAUUCUUGUGUUCCUUCGGCAGUGAUGGAUUGAAAUUGCUGCAAUACUCAGAAACUCGGGCAGGCUGCAGUGAGAUGAGCUGACUUCCCUGCUUUUAAGAAGUGGCAUGACUUUUUUUGGCUGAGGGAGGAAAGGCGAAGUUCUAGUCUCCGACCAAGCAGGAAUUUAUUCUUGAAACAAGCAGCGAAGUUCCAAGAUUAGAAUAGAUUGCUGUAGUUGAUCUCAUCCCUUGCAUGAGUAAUUCUGGGUGGUUAUUUAGUCGUCUGAGCAGGAGAUUAUAAACUCAGAACCGAGCUUUGUUUCUAGAAACUGGAGUGCUAAAGGAGCUGCGAUAGCUCCUUUACAGGAUUAUCUUUACUCUGGGGAGAUCAACGUGUAAAUAAUCUGCCCUGCUCAGAUCUCUAGACUAUCCAUGUAGCGUGCAGCUCCCUCGUCCAAAGCUUCAUUCUGAGCAGUUUUUCAAUGGCAAAUAUCCAACAUUAAUAAUCCACAUAGCAGAACUGGGAGGAGGCUGCUGUGGGGGCAGCAGUAUCACGUUGAACUUCAAACGGUCUUUUUAAUAGUCAGAACAGUGUACAAUACUGGAGGAAGAGAAGCUGCAGCAAGAAGAACGAAUGAGAAUGGAAUCCAGGCGACAAGUCACGGUGUCCUGGGACUCAGGAGGAUCGGAUGAGGCUCCUCCCAAGCCCAGCAGGCCUGGUUACCCCAGUCCAAGAUCCAGUGAAGGGUUUUAUCCGAGUCCACAACAUAUGGUACAGCCAAAUCACUACCAGGUAUCUGGCUACCCUGGUUCUCACGGGAUACCAGCCAUGGCAGGCAGCAUCUAUCCAGGGCAGGCUUCUCUCUUGGAUCAAACAGAUUCCUGGAACCAUCGACCUCAGGAAAUAUCAGUGUGGCAACCAAACAUGGAGGAUUCAGGCACUUUGGACAUACGAGGAAUGGGGCAGGUUCUACCCACACAUCUCAUGGAGGAGAGGUUGAUUCGACAACAGCAAGAGAUGGAAGAAGAUCAACGCUGGCUUGAAAAGGAGGAACGAUUCCUGAAACCUGACGUGCGGCUCUCCCGGGGCAGCAUCGACCGCGAGGACGGAGGUCUCCAGGGCCCAGCUGGUAACCAGCACAUAUAUCAGCCUGUGGGGAAACCAGAUCACACAGCUCCGCCAAAGAAACCUCCCCGGCCCGGAGCCCCCGGCCAUUUGGGCAGCCUCGCAAGCCUCAACAGCCCUGUGGACAGCUACAACGAAGGCGUGAAGCCAUGGAGGAUUCAGCCGCAGGAAAUCAGCCCUCCUCCUACGGCCAACCUGGACCGCUCCAACGACAAAGUCUACGAGAAUGUAACCGGGCUGGUGAAAGCAGUCAUCGAAAUGUCCAGUAAAAUACAGCCGGCUCCGCCAGAGGAGUACGUGCCCAUGGUAAAGGAGGUUGGCUUGGCACUGAGAACCUUGCUGGCAACGGUAGAUGAGACCCUGCCGGUGCUUCCUGCAAGCACCCACAGAGAGAUUGAGAUGGCACAGAAGCUGCUGAACUCGGACUUGGCCGAGCUCAUUAACAAGAUGAAGCUGGCCCAGCAGUACGUCAUGACCAGCCUGCAGCAGGAGUACAAGAAGCAGAUGCUGACGGCCGCUCACGCUCUGGCUGUGGAUGCCAAGAACUUGCUGGAUGUCAUUGAUCAAGCCAGACUGAAAAUGAUCAGCCAGUCCAGACCGCACUAAGUACUGAGGGAAGAGUUUCAUCAGGCUGAAAGAAUUCUGCUUGCGAAAGGAUGAUGUGCCACCUUCCACCAGCAGCGAGGAUUAACCCAGUGCAGUCCUGGCUUUCCAGCGACUCUUGCUUCAGCUGACUGACAGCUGUCGGUUCUCUCCCGUGACAAAAGUUUAACCCAGUUUUUUUAAAGCCAAGCUGGUCUGGGAUUGAAGAAGCGGCGGCGGCACCAGCCAAAGUCUGUACAGAAGGCCUUGGGAAAAUCACGGCUUCGGAGCGCGAUUCGGUUUUGCUCCCAUCGCAUCGGCCACGCUUUAGCCUCGAGCUGCCGCGGAGUCUCGGAGCCAGAACUGUUCGAGCAGCAGAGCGGAGAAAGAUAUUGUGAAGAAGAAUUCUGGGAAACCUCAGGGCUGAGAAUUCUUGCCCACAGUAUAUGAACUAUCCAGACUGGAAUUUUUUUUAUUAGAACACUUACGUCGCAAUAUGCUAAUCACAAUUUACAGAGAAAGAAAAUAAAAAGCUAUAUUUUCAAGACGUCGGUCAUUUCAAGACAAACUAAAAGCCCUCUUCAUCUUCCUGCCUUUUACUUUUACGUGAAUGUGUGAUGCAUUUGGUUGGAACUAGCUGUAGAACACAACUGAAAACUCUCGUCUUCUUCACCAGAAUAACGUGCCAGUUCUUUUUGUAGCAACGUUGUUUUCCUUGGAAGCAAAAAUGCUGCUUUGUACCAGAGCAACUCAGAGCUGCAUUUAGAGGAGUUCUGUAACCAUUCAUGCCCCCCAUUUUUAUAUAAUUUAUAAAGACAGAUUAAAGCCAUGUUGAAUAUUUUAAGCCCACUGUAGUUAACUAACCCAUCCUUUUGUCUAUCUUGCCUGGGAGGAGUUACUGUAGAGCAGUGUAAUUAGAUUUUCCUUGGUUUUCCAGUUAUGCCAUCUGUUCUGUUGAAAUAAAAACCACACUCCCUUUUUGCUGUUGAGGGAUAUAAAUUAUUCUCAGGAAGAAUAUAAUGAACUGUACAGUUACUUUGACCUAUUAAAAAGGUGUUACCAGUGA